UUUCUGAGACUGAUUGAUUUCAAAACUUGACGGGUUUCGAGUUUCACAGGUAAGAAGAAACAGCUCAUUACGCGCAACAAGUCAGUCUGCUGCGUGGGAGAUCCGGGUGUUAACCUUUUAAGAUGAACGUAGAGUUGGAUUACUCCGGCGGCUCCGGCAGCAGCGGUAACGGGAAGCUGCGUCAGUGGCUCAUCGAGCAGGUGGACAGCAGCAAAUACCCCGGUCUGGUGUGGGAGAACGACGAGAAGAGCAUCUUCAGGAUACCGUGGAAACACGCCGGGAAACAGGACUACAACCGGGAUGAGGAUGCCGCGCUUUUCAAGGCCUGGGCCCUGUUUAAAGGCAAGUUUCGGGAGGGGAUCGACAAGCCAGACCCGCCGACCUGGAAGACUCGCCUCCGCUGUGCCCUCAACAAAAGCAAUGACUUUGAGGAGAUGGUGGAGAGGAGCCAGCUGGACAUCUCAGACCCGUACAAAGUGUACCGCAUCAUCCCAGAGGGUGCCAAGAAAAGACCCCGACAGGAGGACAGUCCUCUGAGUCCAGGGAGCUUUCAGGUGCACUCCCCCUACCCUGCCCUGCAGACUCAGAUGCCACAGUACGUGCCCACACCAGAGUGUGGCUGGAGAGAUUACUGCCAGGAGCAGGCCUCCCUGCCUGAGCUGCCCUUCACUCAGUGUCCCUGUCCCCCUCGCAGCCUGCCAUGGCAGGGCCCGUCCAUGGAGAAUGGAUACCAGCUCAGAGCCUCUAUUUACUCGUACGGUCCUGCUGACAACCAGCCCUCGCCUUUCACACUGGACGCCGGCAUCAGAUCAGCGGAGGCGCUCUCGGACUUCCGCCUGCAUGUGUCGGUAUAUUUCCGGGACACUCUGGUGAGGGAGGUGACCACCUCCAGUCCAGAGGGGUGCCACAUCACUCCCUGCUCCCCAGAGGAGAAGCACUACCCGCCGCCCGGAUGUCCUGAGGUGGUCCCCCUGCCUGUGGACAGUCUCUCAACCCAGAGGAGGGCAGAGGAGUGUCCCCCGAGUCCCCCGUCCGCCCUGGAGAGGGGAGUGUUACUGUGGAUGGGCCCAGACGGACUCUACGCCCGGAGGCUGUGUCAGGGCAGGGUGUACUGGCAGGGAGGAGUGUCCCAGUACGGAGACAAGCCCAACAAGCUGGAGAGAGAGGUCACCUCUAGACUCCUCCACACACAGGACUACCUGACAGAGAUCCAGAGUUACGGGCUCCACGGUCGGCCGCUGCCUCGUUUCCAGGUCCUGCUGAGUUUUGGAGACGAGUGUCUGGACCCACAGAGACAAAGACGGAUCCUAACAGUCCAGGUGGAGCCGCUGUUUGCCAGGCAGCUCCUGUACUACGCCCAGCAGAUGGGCGGCCACUACUACCGCAGCUACGAGCACCCGGGAGUCACGGACCACAUAACGACCCCGGAGGACUACCAGAGGACCAUCACACAUCAUCACAGCAGCAGCCUGCAGGAGUGAUCUCAGUAGGUUCAAGUGACUGUUGAAAACUUCAAGAUGCAGCAGUGACCUUUGACACAAGGAAAGUCUGAGACAAGAGGACAAACUUGGACAGCGUUAUACAUGAAGAUUAUGAACGUUUAGUGACCCUGUAGGGUCCUGUGUGUGUUUGUCAGUGUGUGUGUGGUGGGAACAAAAGUUGUAGUUUUAUUUUUUUCUUUACUGUAUUUUUAAUGGUACCAUGAAUAUUUUCUAUACUCACUAUGCAAAGUAAACUGACAGCUUUGGUGAUUGUACUCUAGAAAACUGUGUGGUGAAUUUUAGUGCCUUAAGGUGAUAGACAUUUUGGGGAAAUACGCUUAUUCACUUUCUUGCUGAGUUAGAUGAGAAGAUCGAUACCACUAUCAAGACUGUACAGUAAAGAUGAAACUGGAGCCAACAGGCGGUUAGCCUAGCUUAGCACGAAGACUGGAAACGGGGGGAAACAGCUAGCCUGGCUCUGUCAAACAAAAUCUGCCUACCAUCACCUCUAAAGGCCUCAAAGCUAAUAAUUUAACAAGUUAUAUUGAGUUUGUUAAAUCCGUACAAAAAGUGUAAAAACAUAAAAUAUGCGAUUUUAUAUGGGGGUUAUGAGCCCGAACAAAAAAGUAACUAGAUUUAACGUGUUAUAUGCUUUCAAGGUGCUGGGAGGCAGAUGUUUUACCUCUGGAAUGAGCCAGGCCAGCUGUUUCCUGAGGUUGCAGUCUUUAUGCUAAGCUAAGCUAAUUGUUUUCUGGCAGUAACUUCAUAUUUGCUGUACAGACAUGAGUGGUAUCGAUUUCCUCGUUGAACUCUUCUCAAUAAUGUUUUUGUUGCUAGGAGACACUAUCACCACCAUUUACUAAAUUAUGAAUGAAGUCUUCUGCCUAGCUGUGUUUGCUUGAGAAACUCUCGGAGCUGAUUUUAGAUAAGCUUUUUCAACUCAAUUUUGUAUCAAAUAUUUCAGUUACAUGAUAUAUUUUUUUAAAUGUAAGUGUUAUACGUCAAAUGUGAGAAAGAGAGAGUGAAAGUUUUGAACUUUUAUGCCUUGAAGGAGCAGAUUUCUAUUUUCAAAAACAAUAAAUGGCUGAAGUGCAAAGAGUGACGACC